GGAGGUCCUUGAGGCCGCUGAGGUCGUUGGUGUCUGUUGAACGGCUGUUGAAAGUCGUGCUUCCGUGGAUAGGGGCUUAAAAUCGUUCUCGAGAGGAACGUCUCUGUCCGAAGAGAAAAUGAGUUUAGCUCUGAGAAAUGAGCUUGUAGUAGACAAAACAAAGAGGAAAAAAAGAAGAGAACUCUCUGAAGAACAGAAACAGGAAAUUAAAGAUGCUUUUGAACUAUUUGACACAGACAAAGAUGAAGCAAUAGAUUAUCAUGAAUUAAAGGUGGCAAUGAGAGCCUUGGGGUUUGAUGUAAAAAAAGCUGACGUACUGAAGAUUCUUAAAGAUUAUGACAGAGAAGCCACAGGGAAAAUCACCUUUGAAGAUUUUAAUGAAGUUGUGACAGACUGGAUAUUGGAAAGAGAUCCACAUGAAGAAAUAUUGAAGGCAUUUAAACUAUUUGAUGAUGAUGAUUCAGGUAAAAUAAGCUUGAGGAAUUUGCGACGUGUUGCCAGAGAAUUGGGUGAAAAUAUGAGUGAUGAAGAACUUCGGGCUAUGAUAGAAGAAUUUGAUAAAGAUGGUGAUGGAGAAAUAAAUCAAGAGGAAUUCAUUGCUAUUAUGACUGGUGACAUUUAAAGAAUUACAAGGAUAAACACUAAGAAUGUUGCAGUUAUCAUCUUAUAUUCUAUUUUUGUGCCUGGAGCCGUGUUAAAAAAAAAACAAAAACAACAAAAAACAACUUAGUUCUUUUUUCCAAAAGGACCAAAAAUAAGCAUCUUAUGUAUUCAUAUUUUACUACUGUUAAGUUUCUUUAUAUGAACAGUAUUGUUAGUACUCUAAUAGGAGCUUUGUAUUUAUAAUAUAGCUUUUGUAAGGUUUAAAAAAUUGAAUCAUGUGGUACACAUUUUUUGGAGGUUUUUUAUUUAGCAUUAGUAGUCACUUUUGUUUUGGUGCAUAUGUUUUUCAGACCUUCAUUAAUAAAAUGUUUAUUUUUUAGUAUUUUAAAAUUUGGUAAAUUUUCUGUUUUAUUUUGAUCCAAAUGUCUGUUAACCCUCAAAAGUAUCUUUCUUAAAUCUUUUCUCUUUACACUGUUGGUUUCAGAAAUGAAAAUUGAAAUACAAAUUGCAAUAGAAUAGCACAUUUUUCCAUUACAAGUUUGACAUUCGAUGUUUCAAUACAAAUGAUGACUCAUUAUAGGCAUAAUUCCAUUUUCAUGAGUCAUGUCUCUCAGUUUGGAGGGAAAAGUAUUGUGCAUUUGGACUCAUUUAUCCUCAUGUAUUCAAUAUUCUAUAGCACUUUUGGUAUCUUAAGUAAGUUAUGACAGUUAAAUAUGGACAUUUCCUUCUCAAAUUAAUUGAAUACAGUUUGAAUCAUCUAACUUUUUGACAAAGUAAAAGAUUUAAAUUUUGGAAUUUUGAUCUGUUAAGAUAAUUCUCACUCAAACAUCACAGUGAUGAAAAUAGGAAACUGUAAGCCACAAAAAUCAUUUAAGGCUGUGUUUUAGUGAUUCACCAGGAAAGAGUGGAGACAGAUUUUCCAGGUAUUGGUGGGUUCUUCUUCCUUGUAGAAGUGUAUGUUGGGGGGAAACGUGGUUAUGGGAGAUCGGUCCUAGGGAAAUGGUACCAAUACCCAUCCUUCACCUAUAAUCUGGUCCCUGGUGGUAUGAACUCUCCAGGAAGAAAGGUUGUUUCAUUGGUCUUUCUUUAGGUUUCUUGUUUUAAAUCUAAAGUACGCUAAUAAUUUGAGACACUUUAAAUGUUGUGAGUCUCCUAGAAUAUUACAGAAAGAGUUAUCCACUAGAAAUUUAACAAAAAAACAGUAGCGUGUAAUGUAACGGUGAUAUUUCAAAUCAUUAUCUAGAAAGCAAGUUAAUUGUUCACCAUAUUAAAAUUUAAUUUUGAAUAUGAAAUUGAUAUUCAUGGUAGUACCAAUAUCCAGGGCAACAAAUAGACUAUGAAAUUAAAAAAAUUGUAUCAUGCUUAACUGAUGAAUUUGCCUUCUAUAUCUCAAUCAGGAAAUAUGUUGAUUUCCAGGAAACUGAAGAAUAAAGAAAAUGAAGAAUAAAACAAGCACACAUCUGGGCUUGCUGGCCUUCUAUCUCUUAUAGCCCAGGGUGCUUUUUGUCACUUAAAAAGAUAGCUUCUUUAUUCUUAAUAUAAAUACUUAUUCCUUGGGAUGCCAGUAUUUUGUUUCUUCUUACUGUGGGUUGAAGGAAGAGUGCUCACCUCAGUUCUUUAUGUUUGUGAAGCUUUCUCCUACAGAAGGGUAGGAAUUAUUUUCAAGUGUUUUUCCAGUGUUAAUAACUGUGGAGUCCAAAGGCCUAUAAAAUUCACUAGUAGAGGUGGCAAUAAGAAGAAAGGAGUGAAUUUGCUUUAAAAAAGAAGGAAGUGGAGGAGGGUAUUAGUCAUUUAUCAUUAUAGUUGUAUUUAUUAUGCAAUGGCAUUUCAUGAUGUAAGAAAAUAACUUGCUAAACUUACCUAGUGCAUUUGCCGUUCUGGUGUCCUGGUAAGCUUUGAUAGUUUGGGAUUUGUCAGCUAAGAUCUUGUCUUAUGUGUAAGCCAGCAAGUCUACUUUCUAAAGAAGUUAUGUGCCUCAUAGCAGCUCCUAGAUUAGAGUCUGGUGGUAGGUAGUUGAGAUGGGGAGGAAAUCAAAAAUAUAUUUGUUAUGCACUUAAUAUGUGGUGUAGGUACUGCGCUAGGCUUAUUUAAUCAUUUAUUGCAGGAAAUUCAUAUAGCACUUCUAAUGGAAGACUUUCAUAUUUAGUCGAUGUGCCAGUGUUAAUGGCUUUGCAUUAGCAAACACCAUCAUGAGUAGACUAUCCAAUUGAGUUGCUAAUUUCCUCAACUCCCUAAAGCAUCCAUCUGAUGCUAAUCUCUGGAUGUAAAUUAUCUUGAGAAUUGUUAGUGAUGUGUUCUACACUAAAGAUGAUUUAUAAUGUUCUGAAGACCAAUGUGAAGAAGGCAAAAUAGUUUCAAAAAGUCACUUAAAAUAUGUAAUUAAAUUUAAAUUACGUAAGUAAUAUAUAAAGGCAAUGUAUAAAGUAAAAGCGAACAUUCUUUUUUUCUUUAAACUGCCAGUUCCAUUCCCAUUCUUCUGAAUAGUAUCAGUUUCAGUUAGACUUCAGACAUCAAGAAGAGCACAACCGGAUAUUUUAACAGAGUGUAAUAUAGGGAAUAGGUUAAAUUGGUGUUGGAGAACCAAAAAAAUCAGAGAUAUCUGAGGGUAAAGAUUGUAGUUACUGGAAACUAGAAGCUUGGAGGAGAGGUCUUAUAGAUCAGGGACUCAGAGGUGUUUGAGGAAGGGGGCACUGGUAGGUGGUGCUAAUAUUGAUGGGGAAUGAUGAGGCUGGUUUGGGGAAUCUCGAGAAAAAGCUGGAGAAUCAAACCAGGUGCUGCUCCUGGAAUGAGGAACUUUUGCCCUGGGGAUGCUGCCAGAAACCCCAGGCAAACACGAAACAGCAAAAGAGUCUUUCUGCCUCCUGCCUUCCUGUUUUAUUCUUCUAGUCCUCUUUUUUAGUGGAGCUUAAAACAAUUCAGCUGGCAAAGGAGAAAUGUAGUUUACACAGUCCUAACCCCGGUAUUACACAUUUGAGUAUAGAAUAGUGGUUUGGAGCUGUGGGGAAAAAGUUACAUAACCAAAACAAUUGACCACAUAUUUUAUGAUCUGAACCAGAUUAGCUGAGAGUGAAGGAGCUUAGGGGAGACUAUUAUUUAUAUUGGAACAACAGGUGUAAUUCAGAACUAGCCUAGGCAAACUAGGACAUACUGUCACCUGAUCUCUGGAAAUAGUAACCAUUGUUAUUUUAGAGAAGAUUCCUUCAACCUGUUUCCUUUGCACUUGCGUGAAAUUAUAGAAGUAGUUUUUUUUCACAUGAAUGUUCUGUCCAUUCUGCAGCCAAGUUUUAUAAAGGAAAUGUGUUUUUAAAAAUUUAGUAACUUAAGUGCUGCUGUGCUCCAGGCACACAUAGGUAUUUACAUACAUUAUGUAUUUUAAUUUCAAUAACCUGGGGUAGAUACUGUUGGGUUGUCUUUAUUUUACACACAAGAAAACCAAAGCUUAGAGGCAUAAGUAACUUGUUCAAGGUAGUAGGAAUUGGAAUUUGAUCCUAAGUCUUCUGACUACAGAGCCCGCUCAUAGCCACUAGAUUUUAUCUCCUUCCAAUGACUUUUAUAAACUGUCUCAAAGUGUAAAGGAUCAGACUUUUUUUUUUAAACUUCUUUUUUAAAAAGUUUAUUUUUUAAAAUUUAUUUAUUGGCCGCAUUGGGUCUUUGUUCCUGCAUGCGGGCCUUCUCUAGUUGCGGAGAGUGGGGGACUACUCUUUGUUGGUGGUGUGUGGGCUUCUUAUUGUGGUGGCAUCUCUUGUUGCUGAGCAUGGGCUCUCCAUGUGCAGUCUUCAGUAGUUGUGGCACACGGGCUCAAUAGUUGUGGCUCACAGGCUCUAGAGUGCAGGCUCAAUAGUUGUGCAUGGGCUUAGUUGCUCUGCAGCAUAUGGGAUCUUACCCGCUCAGGGCUCGAACCCCUGUCCCCUGCAUUGGCAGGCGGAUUCUUAACCACUGCGCCACCAGGGAAGCCCAAGGAUCAGACUUGUAAAACUACAAAACUAAAAGAUAGAAUCUGGAAUUCAGAAGCUCAGUAGCAAAAACAUUAAACAUUUAUGCAUAAUCUCGCAUGGCAUUUGUUGUAUUGUGUAUUAUUCCAUGUGAAUUAAUGUUUGGUGCUAGACCUCUGGAAGCUACUAAGCUUAGAUAAACUAUGUUUUUAAAAUCAUGGAGUCAUCACAUUGAAAAAGUAUAUGUUUGGGGAAAAAUAAUUAAAAAUAUAAUAUUAAGCAAAUGCUUAUUGAGAAAGUGUAUAUUACUGAAUAGUGAAGACUCAAAAGAUUUUCAUUUUGGGAAAACAUGUUUUCCAAUUACCCUUUGUGGAGAAGAUUUUAUUUUAGGGGCUAUUUGAAUGAAGAAAGAACUCUUAAAUUCUUGGCAGGAAAUGGAAGGAACCUUGGGCUUAGGAGUGUGUUUGGUAAAAGGAUGUGUGGGAAGAUCUUUGAGGCAUCUAGCUGGAGAGGAGGAAGAUUUAUGGACCUGAUAGUCUAAAGCAAAGCUCUUGUAGGUCUCAGUGGAGGUGCAUUGGUCAGAGAAGAGGGUCAGUAAAGGCCAUUUUAAUGGUAGAAUGAUGACUUGUUUAGGAUUUGGGUUGCAAAGAGAAGUUCUUGGGUUGAAAUAUGACAGUCAUCUGGAUGGCAGCUUAGUUGGGUCUUGGAGAUCUUGAUUAAACAGUGUAGGCUUACCCAUUCAAUUGAAAUAGGUAAUUUGCCUACAUAUCCUGAUUCUGCAUUCAGUCGUAUGUCAUUCUAUAGUUACAGCAUUCACUGAAAACUUAAUCUAAGACUCUAUGAAAGAUUGCCAAAUACAAUCUAAAAGUAGUGAAAUAAAGUCUCUGGGUUUUCUGAGAUAAUAUAUUUGUUAGACUUACCUUUGUGAGGUGUACUGCAAAUAUUGUGUAAUUAUUAAUAGUAUUAUCUAAUUGUCUUUAAGAAUCCAUAUUAUCCUUUUCUUGAGAACUUGGGAAACCUGUAUGUCUUGUGCUAUUCUGAGAAUAUGUAAAAUAUUUUUUCAUUAUGCGAUAAUUUUGGGAAGAUUACUGACAUUUUAUAGAAUCAAAGAUCAGCAGGGUUACUUCCAUUUUAUACUUAAUUAAAAGUAUUUUUAAAUGGGUUUUCUUUGAUUCCAUAAUAAAAGAAAUCAAGGAUACUUAAUAGACUUCCUGGAGUCCAAUAUUUCUAAUUUUAAUAUGCUUGUAACAUUUGUCCAACACACCACUGCGUUCUCUGAAAAGAGCAAUCAUUUUCUCCGUAUGGCAUUAUCAUAGUCUAUCUAUCCCCAAGGUCUUCCAAAAGGUCUGUGUAAGCCUGACAGCUAGGAAACGUGUACUGUUGUAGAACAUAAUUCUGGUGACUUAUUGAUACAAGCCUACUCCUGAUAGAUGUCUCUUUAAAUAGCAUUCAGCAUACAUCAGCUAAAUGCUGAAUGGUUAAAAUAUUUCCAAAUCAUAUUCCCUAUCAUGGAUGACCUCCUUAAAUUUAACAGCAGGUUAGUGAUUUGUA